CACCUCCCUGCGCAUUUUAGGGCAAGUCCUCAAAAACUCACGGUUUUUCCAAUCCUUCUGACAUGGAAUCCAUGGCAUGAAUGACAUGUCUUAGGUUGACCUUGCGUGGGUUAACGACUAAGUAUAAUGUCUGAAGAGGCUGGACCAAUGUUGGUGGUUUAUGAUGAUCCCUCAGAUCAACGAUCUUUGUCAUUGGACGAUACUAGUAGCACAGAGGAAUCACCUGAUGAAACCAGGCUCUCCCUAGAAACCACUAAUGAUGCAAUUCCAUAUAUUGGGCAAAGGUUUUCUACUCAUGAUGCUGCUUAUGAAUUUUAUAGUGAAUUUGCAAAGCGAUGUGGGUUCUCAAUCCGGCGUCACCGUACAGAGGGAAAGGAUGGGGUUGGCAAAGGACUAACGAGACGCUACUUUGUUUGCCACCGUGCUGGCAACACACCUAUCAAAAACUCAAAUGAAAGUAAACCUCAAAGAAACCGUAAAUCCUCCCGGUGUGGAUGCCAAGCGUACUUGCGGAUAAGCAAGACAACAGAGUUAGGAGCACCUGAAUGGCGUGUCACAGGUUUUGCGAACCACCAUAAUCAUGAGCUCUUAGAACCAAAUCAAGUUCGUUUCCUUCCUGCAUACCGGACCAUAUCAGAUACAGACAAGAGCAGAAUCCUUAUGUUUGCCAAAACUGGAAUUUCUGUGCACCAGAUGAUGAGACUUAUGGAGCUUGAGAAGUGUGUGGAGCCAGGAUAUUUGCCUUUCACUGAAAAGGAUGUGAGGAAUUUACUCCAAUCAUUCAGGAAAUUAGAUCCUGAAGAGGAGGGCAUAGAUUUAUUAAGAAUGUGCAGAAACAUUAAGGAGAAAGACUCUAACUUCAAAUUUGAGUAUACACUUGAUUCAAACAACAGAUUAGAGAACAUUGCCUGGUCAUAUGCCUCGUCAGUCCAGUCGUAUGAGAUCUUUGGUGAUGCAGUUGUGUUUGAUACAACACAUCGCUUGACUGCAUUUGACAUGCCACUUGGGAUUUGGGUUGGAAUGAAUAAUUAUGGUAUGCCUUGCUUCUUUGGCUGCGUCCUUUUGCGUGAGGAAAAUUUAAGGUCAUUUUCAUGGGCAUUGAAGGCAUUCUUGGGGUUCAUGAAUGGGAAGGCUCCACAAACAAUUUUAACUGACCAAAAUUUGUGUCUCAAAGAAGCAAUAGCCAUGGAAAUGCCGAUGACUCAACAUGCACUUUGCAUAUGGAUGAUUGUGGCGAAGUUUCCAUCCUGGUUUAAUGCUGUACUGGGAGAACGUUACAAUGAGUGGAAGGCAGAGUUCUUUCGACUCUACAAUCUGGAGUCAAAUGAUGAUUUUGAACUCGGUUGGAGGGACAUGGUAAAUUCUUUUGGGUUGCACACUAACAGGCAUAUAGCCAACUUGUAUGGAUUACGCAUACUUUGGGCAUUGCCAUUCUUGAGAAGCCAUUUCUUUGCGGGAAUGACUACAACUGGCCAGUCAAAGUCAAUUAAUGCUUUCAUUCAAAGAUUUUUGAGUGCACAGACUCGCCUUGCACAUUUUGUAGAACAAGUAGCAGUUGCUGUGGAUUUUAAAGAUCAAGCUGGAGAACAACAAACAAUGCAACAGAAUCUCCAAAAUAUUUGCCUGAAAACUGGGGCCCCCAUGGAAUCCCAUGCUGCCUUGAUGCUCACUCCUUUUGCCUUCUCUAAGCUACAGGAACAACUUGUUCUGGCUGCCCACUAUGCAUCUUUUCAGAUGGAUGAUGAUUUUCUUGUGAGACACCACAUGAAAGUCGAGGGAGGUCGUAAAGUGUAUUGGGAUCCUCGGGAUGGCAUCAUAAGUUGCAGCUGCCGUCACUUUGAGUUCUCUGGAAUUCUCUGUCGGCAUGCCCUUCGAGUUCUUUCAACAGGGAAUUGCUUUCAAAUCCCAGAUAGGUAUCUACCCAUCCGUUGGCGCCGGAUCAGCACACCCUCUGCAAAGCUCCUUCAGAGUGCUCCAAGUGAUCAUGCAGAUAGAAUUCAGUUUUUGCAAAGUAUGGUAUCAUCCCUGGUGACAGAAUCUGCCAAGUCCAAGGAGAGGCUAGAUAUUGCUAUCGAGCAAGUUUCCAUCCUUUUAUCUCGUAUAAGAGAGCAGCCAGUUUCAUUACAAGGCAUGAGAGAUGUUUCCUCCAUUCAUAGGAGCCUUUGACUCAAGACCAUACCAUAAAUAGUUAGCACAGUCUUGAAUUUUCAUUGAACGGAGGGAUACACCCCAAUUUUGGGCAAAGAAAGCAAGUCUAGGAGAUUUGUAAAGCAAGCUUUUGGUAGGAAAGCCCCGUCGUGUGAAGACUUGGAGCUGGCUUGUGGGCUAACAUCAUUUGCAUCACUUUUUUGGUAGUUUUGGUGCAUGCAAAUAUUCUUUAAAAGUUGUGUUCUCCUUAGACAUCAUUAUAAAUGCUUGUCCAUGGAUUUGGAUCCCCAGCAAUUUUGUUGUCCAAAUGUGAAGGAGCUUUUAUGGGAUCCACAUGCCCAAACAGGUGGACGUGCACGUAAGUUUCAUGACGGUUCUUUAUCCCCAAUCCUUUGGGGGAUCGGUUUCACAAGGUUUCCAAUAUGUACAAAAAUAUAUAGGAAGGACUUUUUGUGUUAUAUGUAUGUAUAUCGUUGUGUUUGUGGUUUAAAAGGUUAGCUCAUUUUGGUACUUAGGAUACAAGAAAAUUGUUUUUGCAGAGGCAAUGGUGUGUUUGGAAGCAAGUGAAGGAUUGAGUUGAAGAUA